GAGAUUUCUGAAUGAUCCCACACGCCGAAUGAAUUGAGUGACACUCUUUCGUUGAACGGAAAGCAGUCUGUCUCGUCUCUGUCCGCGUGCACUCACGACAGCCGGUGCAGCAUGUGAAGUCACAGCGCGAUCACACUUUCUUUUCAUCCCGCAGUUUGCGACCGAACCGUUAUCGUUAAACGAUUCACCGCGCGGAUUUCUGUACUGAGAUGCCGUCAUGUCACGCGUGAACGUGAGCUGGAUUAUUGCGGUGCUCGCGGUGGAGCUCGCGACGCUAUCAGCCGCGCGCGCUCACAGUUGUCACGAGGUGAAAACAGCGUUUCAGGUGCGUCAGAUCGGCCCGCUCAAAUGGGUGCCAGAAACACCUGCCACAGAUGUGGACCUGUCGGUGUGUAAACACACGGGACCAUCAUGCUGUACACGGAGGAUGGAGGAGAGCUACAGAGCGGCGGUCCAGAGAGACACCACCCAAAACAUCAGAUCAAACAGCAUACAGCUGAGAUAUAUCAUCAAUGGACACGCAACUGCUUUCCAGGAUGUGUUCCAGUCUCUGUUGUCCUUUUCUCAGGAACACCUGAUCUUUUUGUUUGAGAGAGUUUACACAUCGCUCCUGCCCUCCAUAUCCCCACACAUUAUGUGCCUCUUCACUGACCUUUCCCAAUACCUCCAGGGCACCGGGAACGUUUCAGUGGAAACCGCCGUCCAGUGUUUCUUUGACAGUCUUUUCCCAUUGGUCCACACCCGUAUUAUCAAUCCCGACAUGGCGGAGAGCGUCAGCACGGGCGCUUCCGGUGACAGUCAGCUCGGCGACUGUCUUCGCAUGACAAGGCCGGACAUUAACCCCUUUGGCCCCCACCCCAGGACAAUGGCGGCCGAGUUGGUGAGCGCAUUGCAAGCGGGUCGGGCGCUCAGCAUAGCGCUCGCCGUGGGGUCAGAGGUAAUGAACGUUACGGAGACGAUGGAGUUGUCCAAAGAAUGCGUGCGUGCGCUAUUGCGCAUGAAUUAUUGCUCUCAUUGCCAGGGACUCACCCUGAUUCGGGCGUGCAGUGGCUACUGCCUCAACGUCAUGCGCGGUUGCCUGGCCAGCCUCUCUGAGAUCCACAUGCCUUGGAGACAGUACAUAACCGUGCUGCAGGAUCUCGCGCAUAUGGUCGCCGGAGAGCACAGCUUGGAGCUCGCUUUGCUGAGGAUCAAAGAUCACGUUGAAGAAGCCAUAAUCCACGCUCAGCUAAACGGGCUCAGGUUAACUGCUACGGUGGAUAAGGUAUGUGGUCACUCUUCAAACACAUCUUCCAUCGUGCUCAGGAGGUUUCCUUCAUCUUCAGUCACAGCUCCACCUCCACCUGCCAACAGUUCACAAGAGGUUCCAGGAGCUGAUAAGAUUGGCAUGUUGGCACAUCUUCAAAGUUCACUCCCUCAGAAAUCCUCCAAGAGUGAUAGAAGUUUAACUCUGAAAAAGGUUGCACGGGAGUUUAUAAGGGAGGCCUUCAGACAUAAGCCCUUCUUCAACAAUCUACCAGAAAUGCUUUGCAAUGGAGAAUUCGGCGUCGAGGAGAUGAGCUGCUGGAGCGGAGAUGACGUUGUGCAAAGUUAUACCGCACGAGUGGUAAGCAGUGGAGUUCGUGCUCAACGACAGAAUCCAGAAGUAAGGGUCAGAGGGUUUGACCCGGUGCUUAUGGAGGUCAAAGCCAAACUGGAACAGUUUAACCAGGAGAUUCAGGAGGUGAUGCCCCGUGUGGGACAGGGGCCGUCCUGGGAUGAGACCGGCAGUACUAUGGAGACCAGUGGAGACUGUGAUGAUGAGGAUGGUUGUGAGAGCUCUGGAAAUACAGCGUCCACGCCCACUCUCACAGAAGCCGAUUUACCCAAGGUUCACGAGUCGCCCAGCGUUCGAAACAAACCUCAAUCUGACGCUCCUGUUUCUCUGGCCAGCUUCAUCAUCGUCAUCAUCAGUCUGUGGCUACAGCACUGCCUUACCUGAAAGACCCCAAACACACACAAAGAUCACACAGAGGUUCAUGUUACAGAGAAAUGUCUGGCAUAUUUCACCCUAAAGUCAAAAGAAAUAAGACAAUGAAAUGUUUUCAUAGAAAAAAUACAUGAAAAAAAAUCGAAAAAUAAAUAGUGUCACUCACUGAACCUCAGAUUAUCAGAUUUGAUCAUAUCGGCUCAUACGGUAUCUAGGAGACAUUACUUUAUGAUUAAUAUUUGAAAGCAAUAAGUAAAAUUAGAUAAGUCACAUGAGACAUACUUAGACAUCUGCGUCAAAGUUGGUUUUUAUAUCAAAUUUUAUACAUACCUACCUAUGUUGACAUUUUUUUUUCAUAGAUGCUAUGGCACUUUACAUUAUAUUUCAUAAUUCACUUAUAUUUCAUAUAUUUCAUAUUUUAUGCAAUAUACACUCUAAACAAUGCUUGGUUAUUUUAAACCCAGUGUUGGGUCAAAAAAGAACACACCCAGCCGUUGGGUUAAAAUAACCCAAAAAAGUUUAUACUGUAUUUGUGUGAAGAAAACACCAUUACCCACUAAUCAUGGGUAAAUUACAACCCAACGGGUUGGGUUCAUCCCUUUUUGAUCCAACACUGGGUUAAAAAAUAACUUUUUAUUUUUUUCGGGGUGGAAUAUGACUCGGACAUUUCUGGCGAGGUUCACCAGUACAUGUCCUAAAAACUCCCAUCUGUUCUUAUGGACAACUCGGACAAACGGUGUUGUCUGGGGUUUUAAUGUUAGAAAUCUUUGCAGGUUCAUAUAUAUUAUCAGUAAAAUCAUCACCCUCUCCAUCUUUCUGGGACUGUGGAAUGCAUGACGAAAUUUGUGCAUCUGUGGCAACAUCGCUUACGAGCAGACAAGAGCAAAGAAAAUAAAAGACUGUCUGCACAUCCGCAAGCAACGUUCCCAUCACUCACAGGCGUAAUGUUACUGAACCAAACAGAACUAUGAAUGAUAUGCACAUUGUAGUAUGUAAAUACUUUAGUUUGGACUGGCGCUGAAUUUAUGGGACAACGAAUGUUUAACUGAAGAAUCACACAGGAAUUUUGUGAACAUUUUUAUAGCUCUCGCCAAAAUCCAUCCCUUCUGUACACACAAACACACAUACAUAAUUGUCAUAAAAUAAAUCUUACAAAGUGUCGGCAAUGCCUUGGGCUUUGCACGGAAAAGCUUUAAAGUGCUUCAAAUAUCUCUUUAAUGCAUGAAUCUCCUGUCCCGCUCCUAAAGGGUCAGCGUCCUAUGGAGUUUUGAGUGCUUUCAGGUGGGUUUGAUCAGGGUUGGAGCAAAACUCUACGGGACGUUUGACCUCCAGGAACCAGACUGGACUUCCCUGCUUUAACACAUAAAACUAAUUUGUAUCCCCCUCCAUCCAUCACCUUUUGAAGUCCCCUUGUAGUUGAUUGUUUUGUCCUUUAUAGCUUAUCUUUGAUCAUCAAAAUGAAAAAUAUUUUUCAAGAAAGCUCAAAUGUAGCUGUACGCCCUUGCUUCGUUCCAUUAAUAUGCAAAUUAGUCUCCGCCUCCAGUCAAUCAGACCAGCUUGGACUACCGUUUGACGUGAUUGGUUACAAACAGGGGUGGUUUCAAAACACAUUUUUGGACCUGCUUUUGGUAAACUGAAAUUGGCCGAUGAAUUUGCACAUGAUUUGCUUAUGCUGCGCUCACAACAGCCGCGGUAGAGGCAUCAAGCGCGAGUGAUUUCAAUGUUAAGUCAAUGUGAAGAUGCGAUUCAGCCUCAUUCGAAUUGGUGCGAAUAGAGCAUUGCCAUGGCAAACGCAUGAGUUGAAAAAUGUGAACUUUGUCAAAAAAAAAAAAAACGCUGCAUUAACCAAUCAGAAGCUUGCUUUAGUAGUGACGUGAUUACAGGAAGCGAGCGGAGUCGCAGAAGCCCCUCCCAUGACGCGAAUUUCUGCGUGAAUGUCUCGAUGACUAGAAUUUCACGUGCAAAUGAAGUGAAUAAACUCAAACUUUCAAGCGGCAAACUAGGGCGCGGUAGGCGCGAUUUUGACGCCUCAAACGCGGCUGGUGUGAACCCACGGUUACAGCAUAUUAAUAACAAAACCCUCAUCUGACGGGAAUUUGUACAUAUUUUACCAGUUGGGCUAAUUUGAAUGAUUUCAUACAAUUUUUAGAAAUAAAACAACAUGAUUCCUAACCCUGCCCCUAAUCGCAACGUCACAGCAGCGCAAAAGCAAAUUGAACAAAAAACGUUUAGUCGUUGGUAGUACACAUUCAUACAAAUUAAAGACAUAGAUACAAGGAGAAUUUAAAAUUUAGAUUUUCACCACAGGGGGACUUGAACUUAACAUUGAGCUUUUAUUAAAUAUGACUUUAGU